CGACCUCACGUGUGAUAAUCAGAGUUACGCUAUUUGGUGUUUUGUGUGAUUGUUGCAAUUUAAAAAGUGUCCUGGUCAGGUCCUGCCUCUUACUCUACAUGAUCAGCUGAUUGGUAACCAUAGUAAUAAUGUUGUUAACUAUUCUUACUGUAAUGUGUACUGCUGUUAUUGGUUCAUUGUUCAUAUGGUUGGUUUUCAUCAGACAUCCAAGUCAUGUCAAAGUAAACUGUUGGUUCUGUAAUGAAGACACCAUUGUGCCUUAUGGAAAUAAAAACUGCUGGGACUGUCCACACUGUGAACAAUACAAUGGUUUUAAUGAGGAUGGGGACUACAAUAAACCAAUACCAGCACAGCAUCUUGAAGAACUUAACCAUAGUAUUCUUAUAGAAUCUCAACAGCAAAAUUCAUCAAUUAAUCAUGACAGUACUACAAAUUUGUUAUGUCAGCAGUGUAAUAGGAAUCAGUUAUUGAAAGUGAGACAACUAGCAGUAUUUGUACCUCGAAACGAGGAAACAUUUGAUGAAGAAAUAGAAGUGUACGAGCAUCGCUUGGAGCAAGUUUACAAAUUGUGUUUGCGAUGUGAGACUGCUUUACGAAGAGAAUUACGAACACAAAACAGAAAUUUGAAAUCUAAAAUGUUGGGAAAGCGUUUGAAAGAAUCAAGUUUAAAAAAUGUUUCUAUUAGCAUAUACCAUCCAGUAUUAUCUCUACCAUGGAAAGUCAAGCUCGUGCGUGCUUGUACAGUUAUUAUUAGUUUAUUGUGUUUCCUUGGUAACAUGGGAAGUAACCAUGGCAAUGCUGAUGGAUCAACAAAAUAUGAUGCAAUAAAAGAUGUUUGUUUUCCUUCAAAAGAUAUUUUAUAUGUAUAUAUUAAUAUGGGACUUUUCACGUCUGUUAUAAGCAGUUUUAUUGCUGGCAAAGACAGAAUAAGUGGUGCUGAUGCAGGUCUACCGUUUCUAUGGUUACUGUUGCUAUGUAUGCAUUCUGGAGCUAAUGAGUGGUUUCCGUCUUUACUUAUUCUUGUGUUAGAGAAGGUUUUGAUGCCUUUACUGUGUUUGUUUGUUUCACUACUUUGCCUGUUGCAGAACAGAACGAUUCAACCUCCUCGGUCUAUGAAAAAAAGGAAAAGUUUCGACUCAUUCUCCAAUAUGUCUUCCCUGUCAUGUGAUAGCAGUCUCUGUAGCUCAUUGGCUGAUGAUUGUGAAGCCUCAGUGAGGAAUGAUGACAUAUAUGCACCUUCAUCCAAUCACGAAAAUAGUGGGUAUCUAGAAACUGCUUCAUUGAAAUCAUUUGUGUCUACCAAUCCAAACAAACCAUGUUAUGGGUAUGCAGAAACAGGAUCAUUAAACUCACUUGCAUCAGCCAAUCAAAAGACACAGAACUAUGAACACCUAGAAACAGCAUCCACAAAAUCCUUUGCAGCAACCAAUCACAGGGGAUUGAACAGUAGUUUUUUGGAAACAGUACCAACAACUCCUAAAAAGGGCUUAUUUGAUGAGCCAUUAGACGCAUUGUCACUGGGGCCUCCUUCAAAUACUAAGAGAAGAGACUUGGGAAUGUGGUCAUCCCAUGCUGUGAAAUGUGGAGAAAUUACAACUAGACCUGUUACCAUGGCAAUGGCAUCUUCAUCAAUGUGUAAACGCACAUCUAUUCUUUGUCCCUCAAGGUUCAACUUCUCCUCUCCAGCGCAAGACUCUAAAAUAACUACAUCAAAAGAAUUGUUUUCAUCACAGGAGACUACAGAGCAACCCAACUCUGAUUCAUCUUCAUCUUCAUCAUCCAUUGGUAGUCAUAGUAACCAGAUGACUAAUUCUGAAAAUGCUGUCAACUGUAUAAAGCAAGGUGUUUUCAGUCGGUCAUACAUCUGGCAGUCUUUGCUGGCAUUGAGUGCUAGUGUUAAUCUGGUAGUUCUUAGCUAUGUUGCCAUCAAUUAUACAUCCAUCUUAGGACAAUGAUAUACAUGUAUAGAAAUAUUUAAAUAUAUAUAUCUAUGGUCUUUGGUGGGAAUGUUUAUUUUUUGAAUUAAGAAACAUCACCUGUGUCCUCUAAUAUUUGUCAUGUAUUUUUCUCCAUCAUCUUUUUCAUCCUAUUUAUGUUUUGUAAAUAAAAAAAUGUUUAAUAUGUACAACU